AUGUCCACAAGCAAUAUAUGUGACAAUGGAGCCCAUUUGCCAUAUGGAGAGGCAGGUCUGGGGACGUUUGGUGCAGACAUGGGAUUAAGCACUGAUAGAUAUUCAGUACUUCUUCAAAAUAGUGACUUCUUGGAGCUGGUUAAGAAUGUUCCCUUCCCAGAGAAGACCUCUGUGUACAACAUCGGGGACUUUGGAACUUGCGAUGGUGCAGCGGCCAUGACGCUUCUCCGGAAACUAAUUGCGAGUCUCAAAGAGCAGCAUGGCUCUGACGUGCAGUUCCAGAUCAUCCAUGAAGACCAAGAGGUCAACGACUUCAACUCCCUAUUCAGACGCCUCUCUGGUCUUAUCCCUGAGCCACCAUCCUACCUCCAGGAUUUCGAGAACGUCUUUGCUUUGGCUUCAGGAACUAAUUUUUAUAAGCAGUGUGUCCCAUCAGACUCAAUGCACAUAAUACUCUGUCUGACAGCUGCACAUUGGCUUUCCGGAAAACCUCCUGUGAAUAAAAAUAACAUUUUUCCUUUUCCAAAUACAGAUACCGAUGCCAGGUUUAUGCUCGAGUUAAAAGCGUCUGAAGAUUGGGAGAAAUUCCUUAUCUUAAGAAGUCGUGAGCUGAAGAAAGGAGGAUUGCUGGUUGUAUCUACAACAAGCAAUUAUACCACUACAUCCGGAGAAGUAAAGAUUACCAGUGGACUGUUCUUGUCCAUUUUGAAUACUUUGUGGACGAAAUUUCGCGACAUGGGCAAGAUUUCCCAAAGUGAAUUCGUGAAUACAAAUAUGGCACUGUGCGACAAGAGUUUAAAUCUACUGAAAGCUCCAUUUGAAGAUCCCAACUCAAGAGUGCGUAAAUGCAAUUUACGUCUGUUAUCAGCUCGACUGGUAGAUUAUCCAUGUGAAAUCUACACUGAUUGGAAACAAAGGAAGGACAGGGAUGGCGUUGAUGACAGGGUCAAAUUUGCCAGAAGAUUUGUGUCAGCCCAUCGAUGUUGGAGCAAUAGCACCUUUCUGACAGGACUUUCAGGAACUAGAAGUCAAGAUGAGAAAGAAGUAAUUGUGAAUGAUUUAUACGUUCAGGUAGAGGACGUGAUCCAAAACAUGAACCCAGAACGUUUCGUGGACCAGGAUAUGUUCUCCUUUGUCUAUAUCACCAAGGAAUAA